AUGGUAAUUUGUAUUAUUUAUAUGGUUUUGUUGCGUCGUCGUUCGUCACGCGUUUUACUCACUGCGUUCGACAUUACGACAUUCAUCAGGAAAAUUCAAGUAAAUACAACUUCUCCUCAUCGAAUUCCUCGCAUUAUUCAUCAAACGUGGAAAACCAAGCAAGUGCCAAAACAUUGGAAAGAGACAGUUCGAACAGUACGCACGUUAAACGCACCUCACUUCGAAUAUCGUCUGUGGACGGAUGAAGACAUACAUGCAUUCGUUCGGCAAGAAGAACCAUAUCUUUAUAACCACACUUUUCUCAAGUAUCCACUCGAUAUCCAACGCAUCGAUGCUUUCCGUUAUAUUGUUUUGCAUCGUCUCGGCGGAAUCUAUAUCGAUAUGGAUAAUGGAUGUAUCCAACCGUUCGAUACUCUACUUAAUGUGCUAGAAAUGGUUGAUGCACAAUCGGCUCAUCUCGCUGCUUUCCCUCGGACAAGUCCGGUCGGUAUUUCCAAUGGUUUCAUGAUAGCAACGAAAGGUCAUCCUUUAUUCAAAACUCUCGUUUCACAUCUCUCACUUUUCAAUCAUAAUUAUCUCGUGGAUUAUCUAACAGUGAUGUUGACAACGGGUCCAUUGUAUCUUUCAGUCAACGAAUUUUAUUUUGAUAAGUCAAUCGAACCAUCAGCGGUGCGUAUUCUUGAUGAAACUGUGUACUCAUCGUUGUACACGUGGCAUACGCCAGGUAAUUCAUGGCAUGGACGAGACGCUCGCGCAAUUUUGUUCAUUUAUCAUUCGUUCAGAAAAUAUUCGCCUUUCAGGUUUUAUCAAUGCUUACUUUUUCUAAUCGUUCUUGUUGCAAUCAUACUAUACCGUCGUCGCUAUCGACGACGAAGACAAUUGUUUUAG